AGAUCAUGGCGGCACCUCUCGGACGGGACACCCUACCUGACUACUGGUCGUAUGGAGUUUGUAGAGACGGCAGAGUCUUCUUCAUUAAUGAUAAAACUCACAGCACUACUUGGCUACAUCCUCGCACUGGGGAACCUGUUAACUCGGGACACAUGAUACGGUCAGAUUUGCCGAGAGGAUGGGAAGAAGGCUUCACGGACGAAGGGGCGAGCUACUUCAUCAACCACAACCAGAGGAGUACGUCGUUUCGACACCCUGUGACUGGACAGAUAUCCCCUGAAAACACAGAAUACACACUACAGGACAGGAUAGAAUCCCGUAUGUCCAAGUCACCGGCCAGUCAGCGAGCCCCGAGCAUGGUCACUGUGCCCUCUGUGACUGUGACCUCACCAGCGGUGGAUGCCACCUCAGGGUCAAAGGGCUCCAGAGCCACAGGGAAGGUACACAGCUUCGGGAAGAGGGACCAUGCUAUCAAAAGAAACCUCAACAUCCCAGUGGUGGUGAGAGGCUGGCUCUACAAACAGGACAGCUCUGGAAUGCGACUGUGGAAAAGGAAGUGGUUUGUUUUGUCAGACUACUGCUUGUUUUAUUACAAAGACAGCCGGGAAGAGACAGUGCUGGGCAGCAUCCCUCUGCCCAGUUAUGUCAUUGCACCAGUCGAGCCUGACGACCAUAUAAGCCGCAAAUACGCAUUCAAGGCGAGCCACACAGGAAUGCGCUCCUACAUUUACAAUAAGAACUCUGUGAUUGGCUCACAGGCAGAACACUGUGGGAUGCGGACGUACUUCUUCAGUGCGGACACACAGGAGGACAUGAAUGGCUGGAUCCGGGCCAUGAACCAGGCUGCACUGAUGCAGCAGAGUCACACCAUAAAGAGAGAGGUAGAGAGGCCAGAGAAGGCUGUGCACCAGGCCGUCCCACAGACCAAUCACGUCAAUGUCAACCAGAACUCUGAGAGCCUGCGUAGGCCGGACAGAGAGGAACCUCAGGAUAACGGAGUCCGACUGGCUCCCGGAGAGGAGGCGAGGUAUGGGUUGGAGAUCCAAAUGAGGCCCACCCAGCCUGCCACGGAGGAAAGAGUGGAGAGACUCUCCCCAGACUCUGUCCCUGGUCCUUCCCACAAGAAUGGCCAGCAAACUUUAGUCCAAGUGGCUCUGCCACCGGAACAGAAUGGAAACGUCACAUAUAAGAGGGGCUUUGUUCCAAGGACAGACACUGAGAAACACGUGCAGAGGAAGACUACGCUGGCUCAGGUGGAGCACUGGGUGAAAGUUCAAAAAGGGGAUCCACCAAAAAGUGUUUCUCCUGCUGAGUACAAUCUCCCUCGCCGGACCCCUCCCCUGAAGCCCAAAGCCAGCACGGUUGAUGUCACCUAUCAGUCGUUGCCAAAGACUCCCCGUCUCCCAUCUGGCAGCAGCUCUCCUCCAGCGACCUGCAACCUGCCCAGUGACUACAAGUACGCCCAUGACAGGCUCAGCCACUUCCGCAUGUCCACUGACGAACGAAUGGCCACCAAGGAGGGCAUGGUGUGGCAGCUGUACGAGUGGCAGCAGCGCCAGCAGUUCCGCCAUGGCAGCCCCACCGCACCCAUUUACACCGGCCCAAACUUCACGGACACCUCAUCUUUUAGGGUUACUGUGGAGAUGCCUCGUUCCAUCUCUGUGCCCCCAUCGCCAUGUGAAGUCCCACCGUCGGUUCCCUCCUCCCUCAAGCCCCUGUCCCCACGCAGGCCACACACCCCUUCAGACAGGGUGACAGUCAGACCCCUGGAUGAAGUGCCAGCUGGGGACAGCACAAGAUCCAACUCCCCUAGACAGAUCUGUGCCCAACUCUCUCAGACUUCUCAAAUAGAGAGAAGGUCAAUGCCAGCCAUGGGUUACAUCACACACACGGUCAGUGCACCGAGCUUGCAUGGCAAAACGCCAGAGGAGCUGACUCUGCUCCUCAUUCAACUGCGGAGGCACCAGGCCAAGAUGGCUGGUGUGCAUAGCCCCGGCGAUGCGUUUGCUCACCUGCAGCACCACCAGCACAACGGCCUUUUAGGCCCCAGCAUGCAGGCUGAUGAUACUUACAUACAACUGAAGAAGGACCUGGAGUAUCUAGAUUUGAAGGUCACCGGACGUGAAAGCCUUAAAGACAGACCAUCAAGACCUGUGAAAAUUGCAGAGAGUGAUGCUGAUGUGAAAUUAAGCCGAUUGUGUGAGCAAGACAAGAUUCUUCAGGAGCUGGAGGCCAGGAUACGCACUUUGAAGGAGGACAAGGACAAGCUGGAGUCGGUGCUGGAUGUGUCCCACCAGCAGAUGGAGCAGUACCGUGAUCAGCCGGCCCAUGCUGAGAAGAUUGCCUACCAGCAGAGAUUACUACAGGAGGAUGUGGUGCACAUAAGGGCUGACAUAUCCCAAGUCUCCACAGAGAUGGAGAACGCCUGGAACGAGUACAGCCGGCUGGAGAGAGACGUGGACUGGCUGAAGUCAGCCCUGCAGGCCCAGAUGAACCGCAGUGAUCUUUCUCAGCAGGAGAAAUCCCAGAUCAGGAAGGAGCUGUGGAGGAUUGAGGAUGUUAUCGCAGGCCUCAGCUCCAGUAAAGCCAACUACAAAGUCACUAUCUCCUCUGUGACCAACCCAGGUGAGACGAGUGCUGUGCCUGCCCAUACCAACAUGCACUGGAAGUCUGAGAGAGAGAGGAUAUUUGUGCCUUCAGUGGCGGCGUCAUCAGUGCCUUCUGUGUCUGGGAGCCCGUCUGCUAUGGAGAUGAGGGUGUCCCAGCAGCAGCACAGCCCCCACCUCAGCCCCACAGGCCACCCCACCACCCCCACCCUCUCCUCCAGCCCCAGCCAACAGCCCCUCGCUCACUCUACAGCCCCCAUCGCUGCUGGGCCUGCAUGGGAGGAGGAUGCCCCUCCCAGACCGCCCCUACCUCAGCUCUACAGUCCCGAUGAGCACCCCCCCGCUGUGCCCCCCCUGCCCAGGGAGACAACUGUCAUCAGACACACCUCUGUGCGCGGCCUCAAGAGACAGUCUGACGAACGCAAAAGGGACAGAGAAAUAGGCCACUUCACUAACGGAGACAACAAGGUGGAACUCAGGCCCUUCUUGAGUGAGCCGGAGCUUCUGGGAGCUGGAGACGGCGUCAGCUACUUUGGCAUGGUGGCGUCAGGACACGAUGGCGGUUACCAGACCUUACCGAGCAGAGGUCCAGCUGGCUCCUCGCUCAGGCUAAAUCAGUCUUCACACAUCCCCUCAUAUGUGACCCUCCGAAGAGCAGUCUCUGCUGCCGGUAUGAAGGAGAGACCAAAGAGUGCCUUGGAGCGUCUGUACUCUGGGGAUGCGGCGCAGCAGCAGAUGAGGGGAAAGAUGAGUGCCGACGAGCAGCUGGAAAGGAUGAAGAGGCACCAGAAGGCCCUCGUCCGCCAGCGCAAACGCACCCUGAGUCACGGAGACCGCCAUGGCUCUUCAUCGUCACGCACCUCCUCCUCAUCCUCACGCCCACUCUCAGCAGACCUGGGCUCAUGGAGGAGGGAGCAGGAGUUUGACCUGCAGCUGCUGGAGCGGGCUGUUCAGGGGGAGGAGGCGCGGGGAGUUCGGAGUGUCCAGGGCGAGGAAGGACCCGCCGAGCACAGGGAGAGACCCCGCUCUCAAUCCGACGAAUGGCUGACCUUCCGCUCCGUGGCCACAACCCCUCCCGCCCAAGAGGCUGACCUGGAACCACUAGACUACAACCUGGACCUGAACAAAGAGCUGUCCAAGCCUCAGAAGGUUUUAAUCCCUGAGCGCUACGUGGACUCAGAGCCAGAAGAGCCCCUCAGUCCUCAGGAGCUGGAGGAGCGCCAUCGCAAGGUGGAGCGCAUCAAGACCAUCCUGGCCAAGUCCAGCAUGCAAAACCUGGCACCAACUGUGUCUCCGGACAAGACGGAGACGGGGCUGGUGGGACUGGACUCUGCUCUGCAGGAGCAGGAGAGGAUCAUCACCAUGUCCUAUGCUCUGGCUUCAGAGGCAUCCAUCAAGAGCAAACAGGUCGCAGUCUCACCCCAGGCUAACACCCCCACCCCUCCUCCUCCACCCCCUCCUCCGCCGCCUCCUCUCCCUCCUGCAACUCUGGCGCCUCCCUCUCCUUUAAGCAACGGAAUUCACUACACGUUUGUCUAAUCAGAGAAAUAAACCCAAGCGAUUUCUGGACACUGAGGUGCUAUUCCCACAAUGACAUCAGCCAACUGGCUUCUGCAACAAGGGAGGACGUUGCUUGAUUUGGGCAGUGACACUGCUAUGUAGUAGAAGAACUGUAGUAAUCAUUUAACCUGCACUCCGAUGCACAAGCAGGAUCGACUCCAUUAAAGCAUUUCUAUAGUCGCUCAAAGCUGUUUUUUUUUUUUUUUUUUCCUGAAGAAAAAUGGAACACUCUGCUGUGGAGGCUCCUGUGCUCAUUAACUCUGGACGUGUCUAACAAAUGUUAAUCCCAUAAUAAAAAGAAGUUUUGUACUUGUUAUUGCACUUUUCAAGUGUAUACUGCAUCAUGGUGAAGAAUCGAAACUGAUAUUUUCACGGUAUGACUGAGAUGCCUUUACUUGCGGUGUGAUCUCAACUGGGAGUUUGUGUGUGUUUUUCAGACAGGGAGUGUGUGCGUAAUCAUCUUCUGGAGGGUACUAAUGAACAAGAGGUACCAAAAUGUCCCAUGACAAUAGUAUUUUUGUCCAACUCAGAUGAUAUUCUUACACCAAACCACUUGAACUAUAAUAUAUAUGUAUCUACUGUAGCACUGCCAGUCUCUUAUUAUUAGCUUGCCAAAAGGAAUUUUAUUUUUGCUUACAUCAGGAUGAAAAAUAACCUUUAACAUAUUUUCUGUAUGACUGGGGGAAGAUUGCACAAUGGAAAUUUAUAAAAAUGUGAAUAUUAAAGAUAUUAACACAA